AGAUAGAAAAAUUUGCAAUGCUUCAUGUUACUCGCCUGAAUGAGUGCUUAUCGUGCCUCUGCCUUGUAUAAAAGACAACACGUAGCGUGCAGAAGUUGGUGGUUGACCAUGGGGAGAAUCAAGAGUCUCUGCUUCUUGGCUGUUGUGCUAGCAGUCCUAGGACAGAGCUUUUGCUCUGGUGAAGACCCACAAUGCUCCGGGGAUAUUCCAGUUAAGAGACGCAUCGACUGCCACCCGCAGCCCGGGGCUUCCCAGGAGAACUGCGAAGCACGGGGCUGCACGUGGUGUUCCACCGACGUGCUAAAUGCCCCCUGGUGCUUCUUCCCAGAAGACAGUCCCUAUGGCUAUUCUCUAAGCGGGAAUGUAGAAAAGACAGCUAAAGGCCAGAGGGUAACACUGAACAAACGCCAGGCAUUGUCGCUGUUUGGAAAUGACAUUUCUCCUGUUGUCAUAGAUGUGGAGUUCCAGACAAGAGACAGACUCAGGUUUAAAAUUUAUGAUCCUAACCACCAGCGAUUUGAAGUUCCGCUCAAGAUUGAAUCCCCUUCUGUUGCUGCUGAUGACACCAGCUAUGACAUCGAGUUCGCCGAUGACACCUCUUACUUCAGAAUCAAGAGGAAAAGCACUGGCACAGUGCUGUGGGAUGCCUCCCUGGCUGAUCUGAUUUUUUCCAACCAGUAUCUACAGAUUACAACUACUGUGCCAUCCACCUCAGUGUACGGGUUUGGUGAACACGAGCACCCGUCCUUCAAACACAGCAUGGACUUCGCUACCUACGGCAUGUUUAGCAGGGAUCAGUCACCAGCGCCAUUUGCCAAUCUUUAUGGAGUUCACCCUUUCUAUCUGUGCGUAGAGACUGACUCCAAUGCCCACGGUGUUCUCCUUCUGAACUCCAACGCCCAAGAUGUUUCUCUGAGUCCAAAUCCAUCCUUAACUUUCCGCACGAUUGGAGGCAUCCUUGACUUCUAUGUGUUCCUCGGACCAACUCCUGAAAACGUGGUUCAGCAGUACACCGAGGCUAUUGGACGCCCACACAUGCCUGCCUACUGGUCUCUGGGAUUUCAGCUCUCUCGAUGGGGUUAUGGAAGCAUUGAUGUUUUAAAGGAAACAGUUGAUCGCAUGCACUACUAUGAUAUUCCCUACGAUGUCCAGCAUUCUGAUAUUGAUUACAUGGAACGUCGUCUGGACUUUACCUAUGAUAAAGAAAAUUAUGCUGGUCUGCCAGAGUACAUUCAACAGCUGAAGGAAGAAGGAAUGCACUAUGUCUUGAUUCUGGAUCCUUUCAUAAGUAAGGAUGAAGAACCAGGUACUUACAAGCCUUAUGAUCUCGGAGAAGAAAUGGGAGUCUGGGUGAAUAAUUCUGAUGGUGUAACUCCCGCUGUUGGAAAGGCCUUUCCUGACGGACAUUCUGUGUUUCCUGACUACACCAACCCCAGGACAGUUGAAUGGUGGACCCAGCUGUGUCUGGAGUUAAAGGAUGUCCUUGACUACGAUGGGUUCUGGAUUGAUAUGAAUGAACCAUCCAAUUUUGAAAGAGGCCAGUAUCCUGGAUGUGCUGAUAAUGAUAUCAAUAACCCUCCUUACGUUCCUAGCAUUUCUGAUCACGCUCUGGCUCAAAAGACCUUGUGCCCUGACUCCAAGACGUACCUGGGAGAACACUAUAACACACACUCUCUCUUCGGCUGGUCACAGACGGCACCAACUUUCCAUGCUACCCAGAAGGCAACUGGAAAACGAGCAUUUGUCUUAAGUCGGUCUACAUUUGUUGGAAGUGGGAAACACGGGGGUCACUGGCUCGGUGACAACUUUUCACAGUGGAAAGACAUGCACCAGUCGAUCAUUGGAAUUCUGGAAUUUAACCUCUUUGGGAUUCCCUAUAUUGGUGCUGAUAUCUGCGGGUUUAACUAUAACACUACCUAUGAACUCUGCUUGCGCUGGAUGCAACUUGGCUCUUUCUAUCCAUUUUCCAGAAACCACAACUCAGAGGAAAACAGUGAACAAGACCCAGCAGUGUUUGGAGCAGAGUUUGCUGAGAUAUCUCGAGAAACGCUUCAGAUCAGAUACUCACUGCUGCCAUACUUGUACACCUUAUUCUUUGAGUCUCAUGUUCAUGGAAACACAGUGGCACGAUCACUGAUGCACGAAUUUACCUCUGAUCAGCAGACUCAUGAAAUAGAUACAGCCUUCCUUUGGGGACCUGCUUUUAUGAUUGCUCCGGUUCUUCAAGAGGCAACAAGAUCUGUGGAUGUGUAUUUCCCUGAAGCACCAUGGUUUGACUACUACACAGGCGAUAAAGUGCCAGCUUCCUGGCUCAAGAGCUAUGCUACUGUUGAUGCCCCAUUGAACAAGAUCCCUCUGUUCCUGCGCGGAGGCUACAUUCUGCCCAAACAGGCACCAGCCACAACAACAACCAAGAGCCGUCUGAACCCAUUUGGGCUCAUUAUUGCCCUGGAUGAUGAAGGGGAAGCCUCCGGGUCGCUCUUCUGGGACGAUGGUGAUUCGAUUGAUACUAUUGAAAAGGAAAUCUACUUCUUGGCUAAAUAUACAUUCAGCGAAGGAAACCUGAAGACAGAAAUAGUUAAAGAUGGCUACCGAGGGGCUGACUCCCUGCAAUACAACACAAUUACGAUCCUUGGCCUGAAACUGAGGCCUCAAGCUGUCGCUCUGAAUGGAAGGGCCGUCCGCAGAGAUGCUUUCUCUUAUGAGACAAACGGGAAACUCACUUUAUCGCUUUCUGAACCACUUACUCAGGAGCUCAACAUUUCAGUUUACUAGAAUGUUUAGAAAACUCUGACAUAAUUUAGCAUCCUCAGCCCUCAGAUGUUGAUCUCACUGAUGUAAAAAAGCAUCUAGUCAUUAAAAUGUUGCUUAUGUGCCUGAUGACUGCUCUUCUCCUAUAUUGUACUUGUAAUUCACUGUUCUUCAAAUAAAAUUUUCAUUAGCAGUUAA